AUGGUCGACAAGCGCUCCCGUGACGCGUCCUCCUCCGCGGCACAGAAGCAAGACCGCAAGUUCGCCUGCACACAUCCGGGCUGUGGAAAGACUUUCAAUCGCAAAGACUAUCUCGCACGACACUCUGCGAAUCACCUGGAGGUCAGACCGUACCAAUGUCCUAUCUGUCCCUCCCAGUUCGCUCGGCAGGAUCUGCUGGAGAAGCACAUGUCAACAAAAGCCCAUGAGAAGCGACAGAAGAGAGAAGCACUGCAACGCAGCAUCCAGCAAUUGCAGCAAACACACUUAGCUGCGCAACAACAGUCGUCCAUGGCCCUUCCUUCUCUUUCUACUCAACCCCUCGUGAACCUCUUGCCGCAGGGCCAGCUGCCUCAGCAGCCUGGUUCUGCUCAUCCCAAUCACCUUCUUGACGAUCCUCUCCGACCCCUUCAUGUGGCGCCCCACCAACCUCCAGCAGUGAGCGUUCCUAAUUCCACUGAACCAAAACAGGAAAUGGCAAAACUUCCGGAAGAUCACCCUUCUCACGCUUUACAAGCCUCUAUCGCCUCUUCUUCUCAACAUGUCCCAACUGCUGCAGAGCAGUACAGUCUUUCAUACGGUUCGGCAACUGAUUGGCCUAAGUUCUCUCUCGAUACUUUCGACCUUAGUCUCUCAGAUCAUUAUACCUGGCUUUUUGGUUCGGAUUUUUGGACAGAUUCCUCUGAAAGCCUUUUACCUUCUCGAAACUCAUCGCAAGAAGUUCAAAAUGUCUGGAGUAACCCUCAGUUACAAAACAGUCAAUCGGCAGAGAGGAUGUACGAUACUGGUCAUGGGGCAAGUCAUGACCUGACUGCUCGUGCAUAUUCAUCUUCUGCCUCUCUCAGUCAGAUAGCAACAGCACCUCUGGCAAUGGCCGAGAAAUCUUCUGUAACGCUAGAGGAUGCUCUUUUGGAUACACAGAUGCCUGGACCUGGUCACAUCGGCCCUGUGCCGUUUAUCUCAAAGCACGCUCGGACAGUUCCUGUCACUGCCAAUGAUACAAUGAAGCAGUAUUUGAAUCUAUACUGGGUUCAUUUUGAUGCACUCUAUCCCAUCCUUCACCGGCCGACCUUUGAUCCAUCAGUCAUGGAGCCCGCUCUUCUUAUCGCGAUCGUGACUAUCGGUAUGGCUUACUCUACUGAUCGGGAAGCUUCCACGCUUGCUAUCGUCAUACACAAGAAGUUCAGAAACAUUGUUUUUUUGAUGAUCGAAGACCAACCACAAGUUCAGCUCUGGGUUCAUCAAACUUUGCUCUUGACCAACUACUUUGACAAAAUGCUUGGUAGUACGGUCCAGUAUGACAUGUCUCAGUUUUUCCACGGGACAAAUAUCGCAUUGAUUCAUUUCUCGGGAUACCUUAAGGGUCUGCAGGAACCACAGAUUUCUGAGACAUCCGAUAACGACACCGCAGAUCACCAAUGGAGAGAAUGGGUGUGGUACGAGACGACAAAAAGAACUGCUUUUUUUGCAUUUAUAUGCGACACCCAACACGCCACGUUAUUUCGUCACAGUCCGAUUCUCUCCGCUUUUGAGGUUCGUCUCGAACUUCCUUCCACCGACGCGUGCUGGGCAGCAAAAGAUGGCGGCGAAUUCUAUCAGAUGUAUCAGAUUCAGUGCAAAGCAGCUGAAGUCGGGAUGAUGCAAUUCAGAUCGAAUCCUGGCGACGGAGUGGCGAAAGCACCAGUAGACUCCAAAGAAGAACUGAGAGGCCCAACAAUCGGUGACGGCCAAGCGAAGGAGGUUUUGUGGCCAACUUUUCUGCACAGUUUAAAGCGCUUGAUCCGGCUGUCGAGAGAGGAUCAGAAGGAGUUUCAUCUCGCCAACUUCUCUCAAUUCUCGUGCCUUAUUUUGCUGCACGGACUGCUCAGUAUUUGCUGGGAUAUGCAAUGGCGAGGUCUGCUUGAUAUGGGAAUAGUCUCAAAGAGAAGAAUGACUGAAUUUAAAAACCGACUAGAAACGUCGUUUGCCAACUGGAAAAACUACUUUGAUUAUCAGUUGAGCAAGUCAAAUCUUCCGUCUAUUUCCUCAACUGUCAUGAUCGCGGGAGAGUCUUCACCCCGUAAUCAAGGUACACCUGACCCUUUUCCAAGCAGUUCAGGCUUUGGUGGUCGAGGUCUAGGGCAAUCUGCGAUGCAAAUGGUGAUGGGUCCGAUGAACGAUUACACAUACAACUCUCCAAUGCUGUGUUCAAAUUGGGCGAUGUUUCAGCUCGGAUUAUUGGCUCUUCAUGUCGACACGAUGAGUCUGCGAAUCAAUGCAGGAUCACCGAACGUCUUGGGACGGAAGAUUCGAGUGAUCGAUAGAGAAAACUCCAACAGAGCAGUACAUCUCUGGGCAAAAUCAGAAGAUGGUCGCCUGGCAGCUUGGCAUUCUGUGCAAUUCAUGAGACGAAUCGCUGAGAAUGAAGGUUUGCUGGACCAGGCUGUACAUAUUCCAUGGGGUGUAUAUCUUGCUACUCUAACAGUCUGGUCGUAUGAGCGAUAUCAAGAAGUUAAUGAUGAGACGCCGUCGACGUUUGCUGGUAGCAGUCGAAAAUACGUUUCGGUGAACGGGCGAAAUAUUGAGUACAGUCUGGCUAAGCAAGAUGCUCUGCAAUAUUUGAGACGAAUGAAUGCAAGGGGACAUGCGAUAGGACUUGGCAAUCCGCAAGCCAAUUCAAGCCGCAGCUUCCGUGACGCACAAGGCUAUGGUGACGAUUCGAAGGAUGCGGCUAGGAUUGAAUCUAGUGAUGGCAAGCCGUUAGUUGUUGGACUAGUCGCGUUUUCCGCGUCGUUGCUGAUGCAUAUCAAGUGGGGUUUUGUUUUGCGCGGAUGUGAGGUGUUGAAUAACAUUUUGAAGGAGUAUAUCGACUGA